ACAUAUGCACGAUCUUAAUUGUUGAAUUAUUAUGUUUAUUCUUGUGCUACAAUGGAGUACCACUCAGCGUCAAUGCUGAGCGGAUAGCGUUGUUUUCCUUUUUGCUAUCCGUAGGUGAUCAGACAGAUGAACCUAGAGCCGAUCCCAGAAGGCAUUGAGGAGGAGAUGUAUGAUGGCGUGGCUGUCUCUUUAAUCUGCUGAUAUGCUUUAUUUAAUUAACUUUAAUGCUUAUUACGUUUUCGGGCAAGAUCCCAAGUUGUUUGACUUUAAAAAGGCUUCCGCAUUAUUUUAAAUUACUCCGAUGAAUUUUUAUAUGUAUUGAUAGAACGUUUGUUUAAAAUUGUUUUGAAAAUGUCGCAAAUUCGGAUACCAAUUCAGUGACACACCGGUCCGCUGUCUCACGGGUUUGGGUCAUGCGGGUUGGGGUGUUACACUAACACAGACAAUGAGCCUAACUAUUCCUGAGUCUCAACAUGUCAUGUCAUCAGCAGACUGUAGUAUCGGCGAGUACGUUCUUCUCUGGAGCAAAUCCACUUUCCUGUACGUUUUUAGGCUGGUGAUAAUUACUUUUCCAUCAAUGGUCCAGUUUCAGAGUCUAUAUAUAACAAAUUGUGGCAAGAGCGUCUCACAUUCUCACAUUAUGGAAGGAACUUCUCGAGCUCUUCCUAAUACCAUAAGAUUCGUUGGUCUACUUGGUAGUCAUGCUCUUGGUGGCAAUCCAAGGUUCAUGGCUACAGCGGUUGACCUAGGACGGGAAUUGGUAAGGCGAAAAAUCAGGCUUACCUACAGAGGAGGCAACGUUGGCCUACAAGGAGCUGUAGCUUCAACAGUCUAUAAUAAUGGUGGUAGAGUCAGAGGUUUCAUACCAGGGUAUAUAGCAACACGAGGGGUCUAUGGACCAACAUAUGGUGCAGAGUACACCAUCUCCAGCAAUUACUAUAAGUAUUUCGAGAUGAAUCAUAUUGUGGAAGCCUUCAUUGUACUUUCUGGAGGGAUUGACACUAUGGAAGGUUUAUUCACUUUGAUCUCAAGGGCAUCAGAAGGGUUACACAGUAAACCCAUUGGUCUUUUGAACAUUGACGGUCAUUUCAAUAACCUAAUCAAGUUUCAUGGCUUUGAAUCAUAGGAAACUGUUCAUUUCUUCUUUCUUUGUUGAUGAGCUUUUGGACAAACUAGAGUUUUCUAAGACUUUCCUAGGUCCUGGUGCUAGUUAUGACGAGUUUGCAAAUCCUGGAAGGUUGGACUUAGAGUUGCAUUU